AGAUUCGUCAACAUCAUGGAGGGUAGAAAUCAAACAGAUGCCCUACAGUUCUUUCUUGCGCGACUAACAGAUGAUCCAGCUGUGCUACCACUCACAUUCAGCUUCUUUCUCUGCAUCUAUCUGGUCACUGUCCUUGGAAACCUACUCAUCAUCAUGGUUGUGAGUUUGGACCACCACCUCCAUACUCCCAUGUAUUUUUUUCUCUCUAAUCUUUCAUUUGUUGACAUAUGUCUAAGUUCAACUACUAUCCCAAAGCUUCUGGUUAACAUGCAAACAUGGGAUCAGACCAUCAGCUAUACAGGCUGCCUCACUCAAGUCUGCUUUAUUUUGGAAUUUGCUUCCUUAGAAAACUGUCUCCUUGCUGUGAUGUCCUAUGAUCGAUAUGUGGCCAUUUGUCACCCUCUGAGGUACACAGUCAUCAUGAACCCUAGCCUUUGUGUUUGGCUAAUUAUAUUGUGUCUGGUUAUUAGCCUUGAAAACUCUCUUCUGCUUGGUCUGAUGUUAUUGAGGUUGUCCUUCUGCACAAAUAUGGAAAGCCCCCUAAUCUACUGUGAACUUGCUCAGGUAAUCAAACUUGCCUGCUCAGAUACCCUAAUCAAUAACAUUCUGAUAUAUCUUUCAACAUUCAUCUUUGGUGGUGUUCCAAUCUCUGGAAUAAUUUUCUCUUAUGUAAAAAUUGUCUUUUCAGUAAUGAGAAUAUCGUCAUUGAAAGGAAGGUACAAAGCCUUUUCUACUUGUGUUUCUCAUCUAGCUGUUUUGUCAUUGUUCUAUGGUACAGCUCUGGGGGUUUACAUUAGCUCUGCUCUGACUAUUUCAACAAGAAGUACUGCAGUGGCUUCACUGAUGUACACUGUGGUCCCUCAAAUGAUGAACCCCUUUAUCUAUAGUCUAAGGAAUGGUGAUAUAAUGGAAGCAUUGAGGAAACACGUGGGGCAGCUUUCAGAGGUGUUGAGAGAAGGAAAAUUGUAA